AUGGCGAAUUGGGAAGAACUCCCACGAGAUAUCCUGGGACUCAUCGCUCGACGACUAGCGAUAGAAGACUUUCUAGCUUUCAGAGGGGUGUGCACCACAUGGCGGUCCGCUGCUCCCAAAGAGACGUACAGCGCGAAAUCGAAAGCCCCUUGGCUCAUGAUUUCUAUCCUUGAGCAAGUAGCAGAGUUCUUCAGCCCAUCUAGAGGAAAAACUUACAAAGUGCCGUUGCUACAUUUGUGGGGAGGCCAGGCCUUGUCUCCACCAGGAUGGAUAUUCGUGUCAACCUUGGACCAUACGUACCAUAAGAAGUGCCGUAUCUUCAAUCCUCUUUCAAGCGUCAGCAUCGAACUCCCCACCUUGGAGAAGCUUCGCCACAAGUCAUGUCUCGGUGUGGAACUCGAUGAGCAAGAGAGGUACCUGUGUGAGUCCCCUGGAAUCAACAUGAUCGCGUUGUCCUCGAGCCCCUCUUUGUCCAGGAGCUACACGGUCAUGAUCUCUUAUUCCGGAUCACCAGGGCUUGCCUUCCACAGAUCGGGAGAAGAUGCGUGGACGGUAGUGAGUCCAGCAGGGCAUCUGCCUUGGUCGAGUGUCCUUCAACUGAUUUAUUAUGAUGGGCUAUUUGUGGCCUUAGAUGAGCAUUACCAAAUCACAACUCUCGACCAGAGAGAGCGUCGCAUGCAAUUGCGACUUGUUCUAAGGCAGAGAUUUCAAGACUGGCCGUAUCUCGUGGAAUGUCGCGGCUCAUUGUUGGUGGCUUGGAACAUAUGGGGCCAAGGGUAUAGGACCGUAAAUAAUUUUCAAUUCGCAGUUUUUGAAGUGGAUUUGGAGAAGGGAACUCAGGAAGAGGUCAAGAGCUUAGGGAAAGCGUCUCUCUUCUUGAAUAACAACUUUUCGUUCUCGGUGGAGUUCAACGAGACUUGUCUUCCCGGGAUUAAGCCAAACUGCAUCUAUUUUCCUGACUACUUUAUGAAGAAGACACGCUGUUAUAGCAUGGAAGAUGGAAAAGCCGAGACGUACUCCUAUCCUACUGGCUGUCCCUAUUUUCCAGGCCAAUCGUUCCAACCCGGUUUUUGA